UCCAGCGGGCUACACCGGUGGAGGCUGACGGCCGUUCGGACUUGAACCGAACCACACAAGCAGGACCCAAAGUGGACGAGAGCUCAUCUACUUCCUAUUUUCUUCACUUCUUCUUCGGGUAUGGAUGUUAGCACCCGCUGAGCGGCUUCUCGGACGUCUCGUGAGAUUCCCUCUUCUGUAGCGUGGACGCUUCGAAGGCAGCGGCGGCAGAGAUCCGCUCAAGGAGCCGACGAGCCCGGCGUGGAGAGGCGGACCAUACCGCUGCAUUCCUGGCGCAGCUUUAAUGAAGAAGCAGAGCUGCUGACCUUCUCAUUGACGGGACCCUCCUAAUCAAGUAUGGGGUCACCAUGGAAACCAAUCCUACUGCUCUCUGUGAUCAGUGGCCUUUCAGACAUUACUGUGGCGGUAGCGGCGCGUCCCAUGUCAUAUGCCGCCGUGCUACGGAUGAAAACAGGCAGCUCGUCAUCAGCGUUCAACCUCCGCGGACGACCCCGACAGCAGCAACGUGGUGGCGGGCUGGCAGAGCCGCUCGACUGGCCUGUCUUCGCCAGUCACCCGCAUCUGGGGCUCGGGCUACUCAGCUCUGAGGAGGACUAUGGAAGCGAAGAGAGCGAAGAGUUUGGGCCUUUUUUCAUCUUGGAGCCUGACGAUGUGAUUUUCCCUUUGACCGGCGGCGACAACAAUGUGAUGAUGCACUGCGAGGCACGAGCGAAACCACCCCCCACGUACAGCUGGUACAUCAACGGCACGCAGGCGGACACGAGGUCGGACCUCCGCCUCAGGCUGGUGGAGGGCAACUUGAUUAUCACCAAUGCCAGUGAGAUCACAGAUUCGGGGACGUACCAGUGUCGCGCCGAGAACAUUUUUGGCACAGUUCUGAGCCGGGACGCUCAUUUGCAGUUUGCAUACGUUGGAGCAUUCAGCACAAAAACAAGAGGUGCAGUCUCGGUGCGGGAAGGCCAAGGUGUCGUGCUCAUGUGUAUGCCGCCGCCUCAUUCUCCAGAGAUCAUCUACAGUUGGGUGUUCAACGAGUUUCCGUCCUUCGUGGCUGAAGAUAGCCGCCGCUUCAUCUCGCAGGUGACGGGCAACCUCUACGUGUCCAAGGUUCAGCCGUCAGAUGUGGGUAGCUACAUUUGCCUGCUGAAGAACAUGGCCACCAACGCCCGCGUGCUUAGCCCGCCUACGCCGCUCACGCUCAGGACCGACGGUGUCAUGGGCGAGUACGAGCCCAAAAUUGAAGUGCACUUCCCUCCCUCAGUGCUGGCUUCCAGAGGCGUCACCGUCAGACUGGAGUGCUUCGCGCUGGGCAAUCCAGUACCCACAAUCACAUGGAGAAAGAUCAACGGAAACAUACCGAAAAAGGCCCGACUGCGCAAGUCCCAGGCUGUUCUGGAGAUCUCCAAUAUCCAGCAGGAGGACUCUGGGACAUACGAGUGCAAAGCCGAAAACUCCAGGGGAGGGGCGUCUUUCAAAGGACAUCUCCAGGUCUACACGCUGCCGCAGUGGGUGAGAAUGAUUAAUGACACUCAACUGGAUAGUGGGGAGAAUCUCCAGUGGGAGUGCAAGGCCACGGGGAGGCCCCGGCCUACCUAUCGCUGGCUGCGUAAUGGUUUGCCCUUGACAUCCCAGGGUCGAGUAGAAAUUGUGAACGGGGAGCUCUCUAUUCACAAAUUGCAGCCCGUGGACUCGGGGAUGUACCAGUGUGUGGCAGAGAACAAGUACGGCACCAUUUACUCCAACGCCGAACUCAAGAUUUUAGCUUUGGCACCCGUUUUUGUUCCCAAUCCAGUGAGAGUCCUCGCUACACUAGGCAAGGACGCCUUCAUUGAUUGCAAACCUCGUGCCUCUCCUAAGCCGCAGAUCACGUGGAGGCGAGGGGUCAGGAGUAUACAACCCAAUCAAAGGGUGAUGCUGUUGAAAAACAACACACUGAGGAUUAUCAACGCUAGCCGAGCUGACGAGGGCGACUAUGUGUGCCGGGCGCAGAAUCAGCUGGGCUGGGCCGACAUGACAGCCACGCUGUGGGUCAAAGAGGCCAUGCAUGUGGAGCUGAACCCUAGGCGCGUGGAGGUGACAGUGGGCGAGAGCGUGGUGCUCAGCUGCAAGGCCACGCACGACAUCUCGCUAGACGUCACCUUCCAGUGGCUCUUCGACGACAGGCCUAUCACCUUUCAGCAGCCGGGAGGCCACUUUGAGUCUAUACAGACUGUCCAUGCAAAACAGUCGUCUACAGUGGAUUUGAUGAUUAGGACCAUUUUGCUGAAACAUGCCGGCAAGUAUGGCUGCAGGGCCCAGACCAGCGCCGACACCAUCAUCAUGGAGGCCGAUCUUCUAGUUCGAGGUCCCCCCGGACCUCCGGGUGUGGUGAUAAUGGAGGAAAUCACAGAGACAACCGCCACCCUGUCGUGGAUCCGAGGGCUCGACAAUCACAGUCCAAUUAGCACCUACCACCUGCAGGCUCGGAAUGCCUUUUCAUUAGGCUGGCAAACUGUCAAAACAGACCCCAUGCCCGUGACCGGAGACCUGGAGUCGGCCAUGGCCGUAGACCUUAACCCUUGGGUGGAAUACGAGUUCCGAGUGGUCGCCAGCAAUGCCAUUGGGACAGGGGAUCCCAGUACUCCUUCCAGAGGAGUCCGAACUAAAGAAGCAGCGCCCUCGGUGGCACCGACGAACGUCAGUGGCGGAAAUGGCCGCAGGCAUGAACUGGUUAUCUCCUGGGAGCCCGUGUCGGAGGAGUUCCAAAACGGCGAAGGCUUCGGCUACAUCGUGGCUUUCCGUGCAAACGGCACCCGAGGCUGGAAGGAGAAGAUGGUGACGUCGCCCGACUCCACCACGUACAAGUACCGCGACGAGACCUUCCCGCCGCUGACGCCCUUCGAAGUCAAAGUGGGCGUGUACAACAACAAGGGCGACGGGCCUUUCAGCCCCGUUGUCAUCAUCCACUCUGCCGAGGGUGAACCCAGAGAAGCACCAUCUGAUGUGAAAGCUUACGCUAUUUCAGCUUCACAAAUAAGAGUCACGUGGAAGCCACCUCUCCCCGGUCCUGGAAGACCCAAAGGAUACGAGGUGAGCUACUGGAAAGCGUCAGAAAAGGAGGAUUCUGGUUGGAAACAGAGAACCACCAAAAACGAGACCUCCAUGGUCCUGGGCGGUUUGGAAGGUAACAGCCUGUACGAACUCACCGUCCGGGGCUUCAAUAGCAUCGGACAAGGUCCUGCUAGCACCUCCGUCACGGCCAAGACCAGGAAAGCCCCUCCUGUGCAGCCUCCAGGCAACCUGCUGUGGAUCCAAGAGGGCAACAACGUGUCUUUAAGCUGGGACCCGGUCAAGGCCAAAGAAAAUGAAUCUGAUGUCAUCGGCUACAUGGUAUUGCUGAAGCAGGAGGGCCGAGGCCACAACCAGGUGACUCGCACAAUCAACCCGUCCACCACGUUGUCUCUACCAGAGGGCGGCACAUACGCCAUCGAGGUGCGGGCCCUCAGCGAGGGUGGCGAAGGGGCGGUCAGCUCGCAAGUGCGACUCGUCACCUCCUCGGGUGUGCGGGCAAAGAGCUGCAAGUGCAAACCCAAGCUGAUGUGGCCCGUGUUGCUCUUGGUUCUGCUGGUGCCUUCAGCGUCCUGGUGAGGCCGCUUCACUCCCCCGUUUUUCUGAUUCCUCUUGACGCCUGCUUUGGCCUUCCCGAGGAGGAGGAGGAACGCUUCUAGAAGGGGGUCGCGUCAUCCGCUCACUCGUUUGUUUACGUGUUCGACAUAGCGCAUCGUGUUGUUGUCAUGUGCUGUGCGAGGAGAGGUUCUUUUUCUUUUUUUUUUUUCUACUGCUCAUCUCACUGACUCACAGGUUCUACAGAGCGUGACAACAUCUCAGAGAGAUGCGGCGUCCCCCUUUUGCCGUCCUCUGACUGGCAAAAAUACUCACUCGAGGAAAGAAGGAAUUUUUUUUUUUUUUUACAGAUUACACCAAGAUGACUGGGACUGCUUUCCAAGACUUGCUUUUUGUACAUGGUGUUACCUUUUAGAAAAGAACACCCGUGGUGUGUAUCAGCUUUGUUUCUGUGGGUAGCAGCGCUUCGGUACUCGGUGGUCAAGUUUGGUGAAAGUGCAGUCGGAUGACUAAUAAAU